AUGGCCAAUACGAUGGCUGUUGGCUCCCCCAAGCGGUUAGGAGGACCAGCUCCACCGCGUCUCGCUGGACUCGCUACUCUCACAGCCCCCGAACGUGAUCCUCGUCGACCUCCGAGAACAGCACCCACGUCCCCGGUCACGGCUUCAGCUUUGUCUGCUCCGUCACCAGUCGUAUCUGCUCCAGCACCGAAAGGUGGCACCAUUUCCAGGCCUUCCGAAGCUCCAACUACGCCGAAUCGCGGGGACGCGCCUUCCAUAUCUGAGUUGGUCAAGUCUGCAGUGAGACUCAGCAAAUCCGAAGAUGAGAGGGUGAGACUUGAGAAAGAAAUCGCCACUCUUACCAAAGGAUUACAAAGGGCAACCCAGUUUCAACAGUUCUCGAGCACCGUCACGACAUACCAGCAUCAGCUUGAGAGGGCUAAAGAUGAACUGGCCAGGCAUAUGAAAGUGAUUGCUCACCAGGGAGCAAUAUUUGAUCAAUCAGAAGCUCAUUACAAUGGAGCGUUGUCAAAGUCACAGCCACAUCCUGAUGUCGAACAACUUCGUCAGAGGGUCGAUGAACUGGAGUCUCAGCAAGCCAAGAUGAAGAGCUCCGCUGGAGUUCCCUCUGGCGCAACUGCUGAGGAGGUGCAAGAGUCACGAGCUGCGAUAAGCAGGAUGGAGAGCGAUCUUCAGCUCCUGCAGCAGAAGUCCGAUAUCACGCCUGAGGUGAUGGACCUGAUGCGCAAAAUCGCAGCCUCAGUGGACUCAUGUGCCACUGAGGAGAGGACAAUGGGAUCUCAGCUCCCUGAGCUAGAACGUCAGUUACACGCUGCCGUCAACAGCAAUCAAGAACAGUACACUCUUUGUCAGAAAGGGAUAGAAAAUGCCGAAGAUUCGAUCAAGGUUGCUCAUGAGGAACAUGAGAGACGAAUCAACGAAUUGAAGAACAGCUUGGCGACCUUUGAAAAUCAAUCCCGAGACGCAGUUUCAGAUGCCAGCAGAAAAGUGUCGAGCCUCUCAACCAAUUCCCAGGCUCUCGUCAAUAAUAAUGCAAACGACAUUGCCUCGGUGAACUAUGAAGCCCAAAAACAUCAAAAUUCGCAACAGAUCGCUGCUCAAGAGCAACACCUGGAGUCUUUGGUGCUCAAAUUACGAGAACAGAAUGGCAGAACAGUCACGACAACCCCCCAGGUCGCUUCAGAUCCAGAACUCGCUGGGAAGUACGACAAACUCACCGAAAUGAGCUUGAAGCAUGAAAAGAUGUUGGGUGACAUAGUCCAAAUCCAUUCGGACUUCCAGAAGAAAUAUCUGCACACAUUGGAAGAGGUUGUCUCCAAGGUCGACACGCAAAAAUCCGAGCAUAAUAACUUGAACGGCAAAUUCGGGAGCAUGCACAGAAUGCUACAUGGUUUAAGAGAUAACAUGAAUGAAAACAUGGCCACCAAGAAUGAAUACGAAGGCAUGAGAGAUCAAAUCCACAACCAGCUUCAUACUUCCGUCAUACAGGAGAUUGAAAGGAAAAUCGAACCUCUGUCCCAACUUCCAGCAAGAGUGCAAAAGUGCGAGAAUACGAUGGAACAUCUCGGUGGCGCUUCCAAACGUUUGGACGGACUCGUCAACACCAAUAUCAUCGCCCUUCGCUCACUGGAGUCCCGAUACACGAACCUUACCACGGGUUAUUUGGUCAAUCAAAUGGCACAAGAGAUGCAAAAAAUGUAUCCCUCUGUCGGACAACUAAACGAAAGGUUGUCAUCCCGUGAAACAGAGUUGGGCAAUGUCAAGGAAAAGACGGUGCAAUUCGAGGGACGUCUCAAAGCAAUGCAGAAAAUUCUCGAUGCAGUAAAGGCAGAUUCGGAAAAACGAGGUUCUCAGGAAAAGACUCAACCGGAAACGCAAAAUCCGCAGGAAAAGAGACUAUCAGCUGACCAACUUAAUGCUUUGAUUGCAAGUGAAAUCGGACCUCUGAAAUCCAACGUUGCGCAAUACAGCGAUCGGUUACAAACCAUGCUGGAAAAUGAAAUCGGGCCUCUGAAAUCGAACGUUGCGCAACACAGUGAUCAGUUACGAGCCAUGCUUGAAGAUGAAAUCGAACCUCUGAAAUCGAACAUUGGGCAACACGGUGAUCAGUUAAGAGCCAUGCUCCAAGAAUCCAGUGAUGUGACGAACAUGGUCGCGACUCAGAACAGCUGCAUCGAACAACUUUCUGAAAGCCUCGAUGAACUGAAGGGGAAACACGAAGAUCUCAAAAACCAGGAUGUUGAUAGUCUCGGGCCGACCUUCGAGGAUGCUAUGAAAGAAAUCGCCGCUGUCGACUCCCGCGCUGACAAAAUCCAGACGGAGAUGGAUGAACUGAACCGCUCAGAUACUGCCCGUGUACUCUGGAAUGGCAAAUGCGAACGACGCUUGCAGGUAUUGGAGGGAUUCACCGCGUCCGUCGAAUCCACGGAUACCAAGGUCAGGGAAGACCUUCCGAAAAUGCAAAAACAGCUGGAAGACCUUGGAGUCGACAUGGGAAGCAUGUUCGCAAAACUGACCUCGUUCGACGAGCAACUACAGAGACUCCAGCAAACCGAUUUAAUGAACGGCUUUAACAGACGAUUGAGAUCAGUCGAGGACAAGGUGGCAGACCUGGAAAGCGAUGAUCCAAUAGACCAACGUGUUGGGUCCCGUUCAAAGCAGCCUCUGACAAGCGGGUUGAAAGUGCGCGGCGCAGCUGUGGCGCCCACUAGUGCCCCUAGCCCACCUCACCUUGGCAGUCACACAAUAUCUCCCAAGAAGCCAAAGGCACCGCCAAUCAGUCAAGACAAAACCUCUUCCGCCCCCUCUGGUUCCUCGGCAAAGCAGCCAACACAACGGAAUUCCCUUGCCUCCAGAAUUCCAGUCGGGAACAUUCCUUCGCCUCGCCCUGUACAAGAUCUGAAAAAGCGCCGCCGAGAAUCCACGGGGCCUGAAUCUGGAACAAGCAAACCUAGCUCACCAGUGGUGAUAGGAUCCUCGCCUGAUCCCAGUUCUCCCGCUCGUUCUGUUGCAGACUCCAGCUCUUCUGCCAGGAAGGAUGACAACACCGAGGAAGAAGAUAAGGGAAGUCAGGAGAAAGAGCGAUUAAGAGCAGAGGCAGAGAAAAGGCAGAGAAAGGAGGAAAGAAGGCAGGCAAAGAAAGCAAGCAGAAACUCUCUCGGCGCCACAGGAUCGGCGAUUAAGAAGCGUAAGGUUGGAUAG